GCUUCAAAUGAUGACCUUGUGAAGAUUGUUUAAUCUUUUUCCAGAAUGGCUUUAGGAUAACCUUGAAGCAAAAUGGCAUAUAUUUAAACAUGAUGUUGAGCUUGUCCAAAUUAGCAUCAUUGAUCUUCCUUCUGUUGAGAUGUCUCAUUAUGCUGCGUUUAUGCUCCUGGAUAUUUAGCCCUUCUCCUUCAUUAAGCCAUGAUUUAUGCUCUCAUAUUGAUAUCACUUUUAUUUGAAAUGCAAAUAUGUUUGUUAGGGUCAAUAGUUAGGUUAGUGUUCGGCUCUAACUGAUGCAGAUGCAACCUCCUAAAUACAAUUUACAAGAACUAUAAGUAAUAAUGUAAAUUGAAGGUGUCUGAAAAGGUUGUUAGUGGAGUCUUUCUCGAAACAGUACUUGCACGGAAAUUGCACAUGUAUCAGUCAGGAUGCUUCCAUGCUCUAAUUUCUUAUUAAUGUUCUUAGACAAAACGGGUUGAAAUCUUGUUUCUUGUUUCCUUUGUCUAUAGAUAUGUUCUCACCUUGUCAAUGGAGAUUAUGGAUGCAUGAUGUUUCUCAUCUUAAUCUUAAUCUCAAAAUUGAUGAACAUGGAGCGCUUUAAUCUGCUUCUCAUAAGUUUGGAUUAGGAUCUUAUACCUGCAAUCCUAUUUAUGACAUUAUUUUUGCAGGAGAGUCAUAGCAGUUGCUACAGUCAUGAUGGAAAUCGAGGAGAAAGAGAAAAUCGUGAUAGCCAAACCAGUUGCAUGUAGACCUCGUUUCUCCAAUCCGAAAUCCUUAUCAGUCCUUCUCUCUGUUACAACUGAUGCUUCUCCACCUCCUGCUUUUACUGAAGCUGCUACAGUCAUAAGACCAACAACAGUGCGCUUUAAGCCUGACAGCACUCUUGAUUUGGAUGAGGCUGCGGCUUGCCAUCCAACUAAAAGGGCCCUAGAAUCUAACACCUCGUGCAGUGUGGUCUACAAACCAAUAGCUAAGCUUGUUUCAAGGACAACAGUUUCUCUCCUGUCGAAUUUGGGGGGUAAUGGUAUUGCUCCUACACAAGAAGUUGGUGAGGAUGGUAAUAGAGUACAUUCAUCAAACCAAGUAACUCACCAAUCCGGCACCAAAUUAGACAUCCAUCCUGAUGUCCCCACACAGUCAGAACAUAGGGCAACUACUCCAGUAGAAAAUCAUGCUCAGGAAACCAAAUUCUCAGUCCCUGCAAACAUCAGGGAUCGGACUUCAUAUGAUGGUCACAAUUGGCGUAAAUAUGGACAGAAACAGGUUAAAGGAAGUGAGUAUCCUCGAAGUUACUACAAGUGUACAUACCCGAACUGUCCCGUAAAAAAGAAAGUAGAAAAAUCGCUUGAUGGGCAGAUUGCAGAGAUAGUUUACAAUGGUGAGCAUAACCACUUAAAGCCCCAGCCACGUGAUCACACUCCAGCAGAUGGACACACACAGAUGCCAGUUUAUGAUGCCACUCGGAAAGAGGUGCAAAGUCAUGUGAUAAAUCAACAAGCUGAGGCAGUGAGAGCUCAUCAAGGGGGAUCAGACAUUCAGGAUCUUACUGAAUCAUCUAACCAAUCAACUUUUUCCGGUACUCCACCAACCAAUUAUACUGUUGCAUCUGCAGCAUGCAAUGCUGGCCCCUCAGUGUCCCAUAAUUCGCUGGGUGAAUGUGAUGAAGUUGGUAAAUUUGUCGAUGCAGAAGGUGGUGCCUUCAGAAGCAAAAGAACGGAAUCCGACAACCAAUUACCCAGAGCAAGUAUGGCUGGGGAAGCCUCAUCCAUUGUCGUUCAGAACCAUACUGAUUCUGGCAUAAUCGGGGAUGGAUACCGCUGGAGGAAGUACGGCCAGAAAGUAGUGAGGGGAAAGAUGUACCCUAGGAGUUACUACAGAUGCACCAACCCGGACUGCAACGUGAGGAAGUAUGUAGAGAGAACCUCUGAAGAUCCAGGCACAUUCAUAACGACGUAUGAGGGCAAACACAACCAUGCCAUGCCAAUGAAAACUGCAAAUGUAGAGGCAUCCAAGACAAGUACCAAAAACUGAACCCAUCCAAAGAGAAAGAAGAUUUUGCUUGAACAACGAAUUCAUCCGAUCCCAAUUAUUGUGUUGAGGCAUGUUAACUGGGAUGUAACUUAAUUUGUUUUUCUGCAUUUCAUCAUUCUCUACAAUCAAACAAUGUGUAACCAAAUCUUAAUUAUUAGCUAUCUUAUUCUGUUUUUCUGACUUUA